AUCUCUUCAUCGCCUAACUCCGUCGGAACCGGCGGCCACGACGAGCUAAGGAGCGAUGCACGGCCGGCCGCGGAAGGACCCGCGGCCGAAGGACGACGCCGCGAAGGCCGCGCAUCUACGCGAGCUCCAGGCCCAACUCCUCCACAACCACCGAAACCGCACGUACACCAAGGAGGCACUUGCUUCCUGCUCGAAGCUUUUGGAGAUCAACCCCGAGGUCUACACCGCUUGGAACUACCGGAAGCUCGCUCUCCAGCACAAUCUUGAUGGGGUCGACGAUCCCGACGCCCUCAAAUCGGCGAUCGAGGACGAGCUAAGAGUCGUGGAGAUAGCAUUGAGAACGAAUCCGAAGUCCUACGCCGCAUGGUACCACCGGAAAUGGGUGCUCAGUCGCAGGCUCAUGCCGGUUGAGUUCGAGCGUGAGUUCAGGCUUCUGGAUCUGCUGCUGAACGCGGAUCAACGGAAUUUUCACGGAUGGAAUUACCGCAGGUUUGUUGCGAAGUUGAAGAAUGUGCCCGAGGAGGAGGAGCUGAAGUUCACAAAGAAGAUGAUCGACACUAAUUUCAGCAACUAUUCAGCCUGGCAUAAUCGUAGUGCACUUCUAUCACAUCUGCUAAAGAAAAAGUCCCAGGGCUUUGAUUCUAAGAAGAAUACUUUAACAGAGGAGUAUGAACUAGUACAUGAUGCCCUUUUCACUGACCAAAGCGAUCAAAGUGGAUGGUUCUAUCAUCUCUGGCUUCUGGACCAGACAGUUUGUCUUGAUGAUCCACAGCUGAUCUCUUCAUGGCCUACUCAUAAAUCGGAUCUGAUUUUAUCUGAGAGCAAUAAGAUCGAUGGUUGCCAACUGUUUCCAUCCUCAAAUUCCAGAUCCUUCUCUUUAUUGCAUACAGGAACAUUUCCCAUCAUUCUCUAUUUCAAUAAAGCUGUAAAAAAUAUAGAUUCAUCUACUGUUAUUGUCAGUUCCGUGUUUGUGACAAAUGAAGAUCUUAAUUGGAGGCCACUCUCAACUAAUAAUUCAGGAGAAGCCUGUUGUUGGGUGACUUUUCUCACAGUUCCUGAGGAAAAUUGCAGUAGUUCAACCUCUUAUCCAGUUGAGGUUUGCCUUGAUAGGUAUAAGGAUAUUGUGUCAUCAGAUGUUUCUGAUUGCAAAAUUCCUUCAAAGUUCACAUUUACAGUUACAUUUAGGAGUCAUAGUUUAGAACAGACCAGCAAAGAAUCUGUUGAGGAAAAUGUUGUCUGGAAAUAUGUUGAUAUAUGUAACCCACAGGAAAGUCCUUGUCUGAUGUCGUUUGAUCAGCUAAGCAUCAAUGAGGACCAUGCAGAAGAAGGUUUCAAGUGGAAUUUACAGACAUUGUCCAAUGAGAUAGAGCUUUUCAGGGAAUUCAAUGAUGAAGAUAGUAAAUUUGUGAAACUAACAUUAGCAAGGCUCUUGGUUGCUCGUGACUUAAUGGUUCCAAAUGGAUCUCAUAAUCAUAUAAAGACUCAUUCUGGUGAGGUCUUAACACUCUAUGAUGACUUGAUGAAGUUGGAUCCGUCACAUAAAAGAUACUAUGAAGAUGAACAAAGUGUCGUUCUAAUGGAUCAGCUGACUUCUGAUAAAGAUUCUUUAACUAAGCAUUGUUGGCAAUUUGAUGAACCUACUUCCUCAAGUUUCCAUUGCCAGUAUUGCCUUUGGCUCAAUGAGCUAUCGUUAACACGGAUUGGAUCUGUCAAGAAUAUAUUGUGGGUCCAGAUGCUAGAUCUGAGUCAUAACAAACUUCGGUCUGUUGAAGGUUUGGAGGCUUUACAGCUUCUUGCUUGCUUAAACCUCAGUAACAAUCAAAUAAGCAGCUUUACAGCCCUGGAGCCCCUAAAGCUGCUCAGUUCCUUGAGAGUACUUGAUGUCUCCUUCAACAUGAUCGGUGCUCAUGCGAUCGACACCACAAGGUACCUCUGCUCAUCUCCAUUAUCACAUACUUUGGAUGCAAAGCAACUCAAUGUCGGAUAUGAGAAGGAAAAUACGGAGGUGCGCGACCACUGGGAAGUCACGUCGCUUUUUAGGGCGUUGCGCUUAACGCAAUUGGAUAUAAAGGGAAACGCAGUCCUGAAUGAGAAAUUUAGUGUGUUGGCGAUCGAGUUGCUUCCGUCUCUGAAAUGGCUCGAUGGGAAACAUGUAAGAUGAUUACAAUCUGACUUGAAAAUUUUGUGAAGCUUCAUUUAUCAUAUGUUGUGCCUCAUACUUUGCGAGAUGUUUACCUUAAAAACAGAUAGGGCAGUGGUAGCCAAUGAAAUAUGGAGUUUGAUUAAUUUGUUGUUGACAUAAUUGACUUUCCAAUUACAAGCUUA